AUGGACGGUAGUCCGGCAAGUGCCUGGAGACUCUUCAUCGAUGAAUGGAUAUUAAAACAUAUAAAGAAAUGUACAGAAGAUGAAGCUCAUCGUCAUAUUCCUGAAAAUAAAUGGGUCGUAACAUUAGAAGAGGUUGAUGCUUUUAUAGCAAUUUUAUAUGCACGUGGCAUAUAUUGCGCAAAAGGACUUGAGCUGGAUAGUCUGUGGUCAAUGGACUGGGGACCUCCGUUUUUCCGUAAUACGAUGCCAAGAGACAGAUUUCGUGAAAUUAUGAGAUUCUUGCGCUUCGAUAUAAAAUCAACGAGAUCAGAUCGUCUACAAACAGACAAAUUUGCCCUUGUAUCCGAUGUCUGGAAUCGUUUCAUUGAAAAUUGUAAGACUAACUAUACACCAGGUCCUAACUUAACUGUAGAUGAACAGUUAUUUCCUACCAAAGCUAGGUGUAGGUUUAUUCAAUAUAUGCCAAACAAACCGGACAAAUUUGGCAUAAAAUUCUGGUUGGCAGCAGAUGUUGAUUCAAAAUAUCUGAUUAAUGGAUUCCCAUAUCUCGGAAAAGAUCACCAGUGUCCACCAAACGUUCCUCUUUCCGAAUAUGUUGUAUUGCGCCUAAUAAGUCCAUAUGAGAACAAAGGCAGAAACGUUACUACAGAUAACUUUUUUACUACGUUGAAACUUGCAGAGGCAUUAAAAUCAAAAUACACCAGCCUUGUAGGAACUGUAAAACGUUCAAGAAAAGAAAUACCUGUCUCUGUGAAAGUGUCGAAAUCUGAAUUGCAUUCUACCACUUACUUACUCAUAAUGACAUCAGUCUAA